CCGCGUUCCAUAAGCCUUCGGCAUGUUCGUAAAUUCGAAUCGAACUCGAGUCGUCCAUACAUAAAUUUCGUUUCGAAAAAGUGCCCGGCAAUUUUAAAAUUUAAAUUAUGGAAUGGAUUACUGCAAUUGAUAAAAGACCCUGUGAUCGUAAUGUGAAAGACGUGGAAUUAAUAGCGACCCGAUUAAGGAGAGUGGAACAAUUGUAUAAAUUACCGAAUUCGGUAUUACAGCAGCUAGCUCUUUGUGGAUAUUACGAAGACCUGGAAAAGGGAGUAACAUUGUUUCGACAAGGCGACACCGGAAAAUGUUGGUAUGCAGUAAUGGGAGGUAUCCUGGAUGUGAGAAUUACCCAACCAGAAGCAGACGCAAAGGUACCGUUAAAUUAUUUUUUAAAUAAAACACUGUCGAUUUCUUUGUGCGACACGACAAUGAAAAUUGUAAUUAUUGUAAUUAACGUUUCAUUUCGCGAAAGUAGUUAA